AUUCAAGAAGAUGCUAUAAAAUCCCACAACCAUAUUGGUCUCUUCAUCGAUAAUAUAAAUGGUCAAUGGGGACAAAAUUAUUAUAAAGGGGAUUUAUACUUGCACGGAUUACAAACAUCUGCACCAACUCCAACAAAUCCAUUUUAUACUGGACACACAGUGACCAGGGAUCUGUCACUCGACAUCACUGAAAAUGAAAAAGAAUUAAUAAUAAAUGCUGAAUUACUGGGAGUCACCAAAGAACAAAUAAACGUCGAUAUUAAUGAUGGUACACUCAUUAUUUCGGGCGAAAUCAAACAAAACGAAAA